AUGGCGGCCCGGGCUGGUUUCCAGUCAGUGGCUCCGAGCGGCAGCACCGGAGCUGCGUCAGGGGCGGGCGCAGCGGCCGCUUUGGGCCCGGGUGGGACUCCGGGGCCCCCAGUGCGAAUGGGCCCGGCACCCGGCCAAGGGCUCUACCGCUCCCCGAUGCCCGGAGCAGCCUAUCCGCGUCCAGGCAUGUUGCCAGGGAGCCGUAUGACACCUCAGGGACCUUCUAUGGGACCUCCUGGCUAUGGGGGGAGCCCUUCAGUUCGACCUGGUCUGGCCCAGUCAGGAAUAGAUCAGUCCCGAAAGAGACCAGCUCCUCAGCAGAUCCAGCAGGUCCAGCAGCAGGCGGUCCAGAAUCGAAAUCACAAUGCAAAGAAAAAGAAGAUGGCUGACAAAAUUCUACCUCAAAGGAUUCGUGAGCUGGUACCAGAAUCCCAGGCCUAUAUGGAUCUCUUGGCUUUUGAAAGGAAACUGGAUCAGACCAUCAUGAGAAAACGGCUAGAUAUUCAGGAGGCCUUGAAACGACCUAUCAAGCAAAAACGGAAACUUCGUAUUUUCAUUUCGAAUACUUUCAAUCCAGCUAAAUCGGAUGCUGAAGAUGGGGAAGGAACUGUGGCCUCCUGGGAGCUUCGGGUAGAAGGACGGCUCCUCGAGGAUUCAGCUCUGUCUAAAUAUGAUGCUACCAAGCAGAAGCGUAAAUUCUCCUCCUUCUUUAAGUCUUUGGUGAUUGAGCUGGACAAAGAUUUAUACGGGCCAGACAACCACCUGGUGGAAUGGCACAGGACUGCUACCACCCAGGAGACAGAUGGCUUCCAGGUGAAGCGGCCAGGAGAUGUAAAUGUUCGUUGCACUGUUUUGCUGAUGCUCGAUUACCAGCCUCCUCAGUUUAAAUUGGACCCCCGCCUGGCCCGGCUCCUGGGUAUCCACACACAGACACGUCCAGUGAUCAUCCAAGCACUGUGGCAGUACAUCAAGACUCAUAAGCUUCAGGACCCCCACGAACGGGAGUUCGUUAUCUGUGAUAAAUACCUCCAGCAGAUAUUCGAGUCGCAACGGAUGAAGUUCUCAGAGAUCCCCCAGCGGCUCCAUGCCUUGCUUAUGCCACCAGAGCCCAUCAUCAUUAAUCACGUCAUCAGUGUUGACCCCAAUGACCAGAAGAAAACUGCCUGUUAUGACAUUGAUGUGGAAGUGGAUGAUACCCUUAAGACCCAGAUGAACUCCUUCCUGCUAUCUACUGCAAGCCAGCAGGAAAUUGCUGCUCUCGACAACAAGAUCCAUGAGACAAUAGAGACCAUCAACCAGCUGAAAACCCAGAGAGAGUUCAUGCUGAGUUUUGCAAGAGACCCUCAGGGCUUCAUCAAUGACUGGCUUCAGUCCCAGUGCCGGGAUCUGAAGACCAUGACUGAUGUAGUGGGUAACCCAGAGGAGGAGCGCCGAGCUGAGUUCUACUUCCAGCCAUGGGCUCAGGAGGCUGUAUGCAGAUACUUCUACUCUAAGGUGCAACAGAGACGGCAGGAACUGGAGCAGGCCCUGGGCAUCCGAAAUACAUAAGGCCCUUCCUCCGUCCUCAGCCCGGCCACACCAGUUCUUCGUUUAGGCUCUCGUGCCUCCCCAUGGCUCCUGCCCUAGCCUUGCCUGGGGGUCCCCCAGGGGAAGCUGCUGGUUGAAGGAUGACACCAAGACGAAGAGGGUCCCACAUUUCUGUCUCAAGAGACAAAUAUUCUCCUCCCCAGUCUCUCCAACUCCCC